CAUCAAGCGGCAGGUAACGCGCGAGAGCCAAUCAGAGGCGCAUAUCGAGCGGAGCCGUGGCGCUGUGGUGGCGGCGGAGGUGAAGGGGCUGCGGCCGGGCCCUGCCAGGCACACGGCUCUGAAGGACGGACCGGCGUUUGGCUUACGGACAGCGAUGGGGAGAAGCCACGGGGGAGGCAAGGAGAAGCGAGGGUGGGGCUACCGCAGGCGCUGCCACCGCCCCCCUCGGCGCCAGAGACCCAAUGGCAGACACUGCAGCGACAGGCCUGAAGAGGAGGAAGCACAAAGCCCAGUGAAUCCAGGUCCCAGCUGCAGUGGAAAUCCUUCUUCUUCCAGUUCAACACAGAACUCUGCAGUACCAGAACUGCCGGGAUUUUACUAUGAUCCAGAAAAAAACCGCUAUUUUCGCCUCCUGCCUGGACAUAAUAACUACAACCCACUCACCAAGGAGAGCAUUCAGUACAAGGCAAUGGAAAGUAAAAGACUGAGACUCUUAGAAGAGGAAGAACAACAAAAGAGGAAAACAACAAGGGCUGGAUUGAACUCGUCUGUGCUGUUACAGAAAAGGCAGCUGGGUUUGCUCAGCUCCACAAGUUAUUGCAGGCUGGUCCAUGAACUAAAAGUGAACUGCAUGCAGAGGAGGAAGAUAGAAAUUCACAGUCCAGAUUCCUCAGUUGCUGGAACCAACAAUUUUAAAAUAAUUGUGGCAGAUGUUGCUUGUGAGCGAAUAUUCACUGUGAACGACGUAGAGCAUGGAGGAUGUAAAUAUGGUAUCAUCAACCUCAGUGGUUUGGGGAAGGAGUCUCUCACUGUGGAGAUGUAUGACAACCUCUACUUCACAAACCGCAAAGUGAAUUCUGUGUGCUGGGCAUCAUUGACUCAUCCAGACUCUCAUGUUUUGCUGUGUCUCAUGGGAAUUGCAGAAACUCCAGGCUGUGCCAGUCUGCUUCCAGCAUCAUUGUUCAGCAGCACUAACCCAGGAGAUCGACCUGGAAUGCUGUGCAGCUUCAAGAUAUCUACGGCCUGGUCCUGUGCUUGGUGCCUGAAUCCACAGGCAGACAACUGCUUCAGCACAGGCCUGACGCGACGAGUUCUUGUGACCAACGUAGUGACAGGGCAUCGACAGACAUUUGGAACGAGCAGCGACGUCUUGGCACAACAGUUUGCCACCCAGACGCCAACACUUUACAAUGGCUGUCGUUCAGGUGAAAUUUUCAGCAUUGAUGUACGCCAACGCAACCGAAAGGGCCAGAACUGGAAAGCAACUCGUCUCUUCCAUGACUCAGCAGUUACAUCAAUUCGCCUCCUUGAGGCAGAACACUACCUUAUGGCAUCAGAUAUGGCUGGAAAGAUAAAACUGUGGGAUCUGAGAACAGUGAAGUGUGUGAAACAGUAUGAAGGUCAUCACAAUGAAUACGCUAUUCUCCCUUUGCAUGUAAAUGAGGAGGAAGGACUUCUUACAGCAGUAAUCCCCUUGAUUGUCAUGAGAACAGCGGGAACCAGCGUUUUCAAGAUCACAGACCUACAUAGCCUCAGGACCAAACUCCACGUGACCCAAUACUGGAUGCAAAGAAGGAAAAUCAAAGAAGGGGAUUGACAAACCCUAAGGAUUUAAGGUGAGAUUCCAACACUCCUCAGCUGCAUACAGUUUUGGAUCUCAUUCUCUACACGGGGUACAGGUCUGGCUUCAACGUAAAAAAGCACUUAAAACUGAAUUCUAAGCAGAAUUUUUUUGUACGCACUGAUUUUGUCUUGACUCCAGUACCAGCCAUGGGUCCUGCUGAGAUUUGUUCUGUUAGGCUCUGUACUCAUCCAUGAAAACACUGUUACCAAAAUGAAAAUCCUUUUCAGACAAAAACUAUCCUGUUCUUUUCCACAGCUCUGGAACUAGAUUCAGUGACAUGCACGGGUUUGUCUUGAGACAAACAGAACAAGCCUCAGUGUGACCUACAGAUCCACGCAAAGGGCAGAGGUUUUCCUUGGUGAAGCCCUUGUCUAUCAGUUACAGGACUCUUAUCACUGUCACUUUCAGGAAAUAGUUAAAACUUGCCUAUCAAACCUAACUGAGGAGACAGGCUGUUUCAAGGACUUUAAGACAGGAUACAUUUGGGGGGUGGGGAAGGAAUAAAAUAAAAACAACUACUAUGAGUGGAUGGGAGGUAAUUUAAUUUUAUUGGGACCCUCUAUAACCUAAGAAGCAAUAUUGACUGAAAUAUUGUUUUUAGCAGAUAUUCUACCCUUGUAGAUGACAAAUGAGUCAAAAAACAUCUGAAAGCAGAUGACUACACAAAAGCCUGUUAUCUAUUUGCCAUCUGAAAAACCUACAUUUUCCCCACUCUUCCUUUUAGGAGAUCUCAAAAUUAACAGACUUUGUGGUAAAUGCAACUGCUGCAGUAAUAAUGUUAUUUCAAGAGUGUCAUUAAACUCUUACAGAGAACUGUAAACAAAGCAGUAGAGAUCAUUAUCCUGUUCACUAAGUACUCUUUCAGUUCUGUCCAGAUGUUCGUUUGGUCACACAGUUACCAUCCUCACGUCAUAGCUGUAGCAGCAGAGGCACAUCCAGUUCAAAAGAUAUGCCCAGAAGACAGCAAGUCAGUGAGUUCCAGGCAUAGCAAUUAGCUUUGCUAAAUGCGAAGCAUAAUUACCUGUAUGGGCACUGUGAUACCACUGUCUCUGUUACAAGGGGCAUUCAGAAACUUAUAUUACAAUUUCACUUUUCAGAGUAGUUACUUUAGUUAUUUUCCCAAGUGCAGGGUGUUUUGAUGGACAAGUCGUGGGAAUGUGAACACCUGCCUUUAUUUGAUCCCAAAGCAGGGUAAUAAUAACCCAAAAGAAAAGGUACAUUACUAUACUAAUACUUGUGAACCAGUGGCUUGUACAAAGCAAGAUGGCACAGAAAAUUGAAGUUGUAGAGGGGCUGGAGGAGAAUACACUACCAGAUCCCUUAUCUUAAAGGAGGUGUGCAUUUGUUGAAUGAAUGACUCUUCUCCUUCCUUCUAAAAACACUCUUCAAAAUACUGGUGUAUGUCUGGGGAAGAAAGAGCGUUCCCAAUCUCCUGUCGCAAAGUAGUUCAUCCUACUACUUCGUUUUGGGCACAGAAAACUAAUGCACUGAACUGUAGAAGAUGGAACUGCAAAACUGGUAACACAGCAGGAUGGGAAAAAUCCCCAAAGCACUUGUGCAAGAAAAGCUCCCUGAAGUGCAAACAGGAGGAAUUCAUCAAUAGUACAACAGGAUCAGGAACAGAAAUUACAAGUUCUGAUCCAACAGAUCACAUUGACCUAAAAAAUAUAAAUCCUUCAACAUUU